AACAGCUGAAAACCUAUAGAAAAAAAGAAAUGCCAAUUGCCAAAAUAAAAACAGUCAACAAAAAUGGUUUAGAUCUUUUUAUUUUACAAAAUCGUUAUGUAUUUUUUAAAACGUACUUGCGAUUUUAAAUCAAUAUGCACAAUUCUACGUUUAUCCAGGUAUUUUUAUUCCAGUCAAAUACGAAAAUCGCACUACGACAUUCUCAAUUUACGCAAGAAUUGUUCAGACAAAGAAAUUAAAAAUGCAUUUAUUCAAAUGAGUAAAGAGUAUCACCCAGAUAAGAAUAAAGAUUCUAAAGCUCAAGAAAAGUUUGUUAAGAUUGUUGAAGCAUAUAACAUUUUAAGUAAACCGAGCAGCAGGGCACAAUAUGACAAUAUAAUGGACAGCCAAGUAAAGACUCAUUCAUAUGUGUAUAGAACACAUACACCUUACAACUUGAGAAAAAAUACGGCAUAUAACUUUUACGAGCAGCCUAACAGUAAAGCAAAUAAUGAAAAAACAGGAUAUUAUGGAGUGAAAGGAUUAAAAAAACUUUCAAAUCUGGCUAUAACAGUACUAUGUUUCACUGUAGCUAUGGUUGGGGCUAUAAUACAACUGGUUGUAAUAAGACAGUCAUAUUUAGUACAUCGAAGAAGGACACAAGAAAAGUCAAAGAUUAUAGCUGAAGAAUUAGAAAAAGUACGAGAAAAUGCACAAGGGAAAUCUAAUAGUAUGCAGACACAAGCUUUGCUAGACAAAAUCGUAAGUUCGUCAAACUCUACAGUGGCCACUGCGUCAUUAGGUCAAGCAUUGGCCAAUGAGAAAAAUAAAUCAUAAAAAGUGAUUAGGUAUGGCUACAAAUGGUUAGGAAUUUUAGUUUUUUAUUGUAUGCCUGGGAUCAUUUUCUUAACAGUACUGGUGACUAGAUUUCUGGGAACAAUCAUAUUGUAUAUAUUUAAAAUCUUAUGUGAAAUUUGAUUAAAAAUACAUUAUUUUAAUCAUACAGAAAUGAAAUUUAAAGUAUAUUACUAAAAUAUUGUAAAUGUACUUUAAAAUCGAACCCUCAAGAUCAAGACUGUAUUUUAUUUGCAGCCUUAACAUCGCAGAUUAAAUUAAUUACAUAUUUAAAAGAAACAUAUUUUUUGUGAUAAAUACAAAUAAAAUUAUAAAACUCGAUGUAUGAAUAAAA